AUGGGAAAUUCUUCAAUCUGCUGUCAAGAUAAUCUUGAAUUCGAUAUAACUGACGCCUAAUACAUAUAUUCCAAGCAAUCUAGCCAAAUGUCUCUUCCAACUCAAGCAAGUAAUAGUCAAGUCAUGGAGAAAGAUGGGCUUUAUCAUAACUAGAAAUUCAAUUAACGUCAUAUAUAACAGAUACAUUAAAUGAAGAUUGAGAUUGAGCAGGAAAAAAUAAAGUCUAACAGGAAUCACAUAGAUCUAAUUAAAAAUAUGCAUUUAACUCAGAGAAAUUCGCUUGAAUUGGAUCAAUUAAAGUAUAAUGAGGCGAAUACCUUGCCUUAUUUGUAAAACCUAAGCUCAAUGAAAUCUUCAUGCCUUUCCAACAAUAGUCUAAGCAAAAAUUCUUCAUGUCUAAGCGAAAGAAACUUGAAAAAUGUAGUAUCUAAUACUUCUCCAUUUAAGACUUAGAAAAUAUAUGACUAAGUGGAUUUCGGAAAGAUAAACCAAAAAUCUUAAAACCCAUUCACUAUUCGCAUAAGUAAAUUUUCAGAUCACAGCAGAUCCGAAAAAAAUAGUAAUUCUGUCAUGUAUGAUUCUGAUAGUGAUUAAUCUAGAGCUAGUUAGACUAAUGCGAAAAAAAAGAUUUUAAAUAACAUGUAGAGAAGAGAUAUUGAGGUUUAAUACUUAGAUAUUAGUGAUUGUUCAAGCGAUACUAUCAGUGAAUUAGAUAGUGAGUUCUCGGAUAACCAUCUCAAUAAAAAAGAUACACUCUAUACAAUAAAUUUCAAGGAUCCUGCCUUCAACAAUAAGUUCUCAAAUUAUAAAAUUAAUCAAUAUAUUGGAGCAGACUUUGAAAUAGCAAGCUCAGAUAUUAUUGAAGAGGAUCCUAAUGAAGAUAAAUAUCCUCAGAUUGAUUUAAUUUAAAAGAGAAUCAGACUCAGCAGUGAGCAAUUUAAUGAUAAUGCUUUGAGGAUUUAAAUAGACUAAAUACAGGCAAUAAAUUCUUAUACUUAGAACUUUUCCUUAGGCUAAGCUAAUGUAUAACGUAAAUAUUAACAAAAAUAAUAAGAUGCUUCUGUUAUCAAAAAAUAAUUGUUAAAGAAAUUAUUAAACAAAAGGAUUUCAAGGAAAUCUUAAAGAAUUAGAAAAUAGAAGAAGAUUUACGAAUGCGAAGAAGUUAAGGCAUAAGUUUGA